CAACAAAGACACUCACAUCCCUUCUCCUUCAUUCACAAACAAACCAGAGACCAGAACUAAAGAGCAAAAGACUGUACAUUAUUCUCUCGAAAGAUCAGGACUUUGUGUCUGAUUUUGGUGGGUUCCGUCCAAUCAAGAAAUCAAUGGCAGAAGAUCUAGUGCUAGACACAGCUAUAAGAGAUUGGGUGCUGAUCCCAUUAACAGUAGUGAUGAUUCUUAUUGGGAUCCUUCGAUACUUUGUUUCAAAGCUUAUGCAAUCUCAGCAAACUCCAGAUGCUAAAAUUGUUAAAGAAGGGCAAGUUGUUGUGAGAGCAAGGAAUUUGCGAGCUGGAGCUAACUUUAUACCUGCUAAGUCUUUUCGAGCUCGAAGGGCUUAUUUUAGCAAUGAGGAAAAUGGAUUGUUGCAUGUUCCCAAGGGCCAGGAUCAGAAUCCACAAGCACAAAUGUUCUCUGACCCAAAUAUGGCCAUGGAUAUGAUGAAGAAAAACCUUUCUAUGAUUAUACCCCAGACUCUUACCUUUGCAUGGGUCAACUUUUUCUUCUCUGGAUUUGUUGCAGCCAAGAUACCAUUUCCACUGACUCAGAGAUUCAGAUCAAUGCUGCAAAAUGGGAUUGAUUUGAGCACUGUGGAUGUUAGCUAUGUCAGCAGUCGAUCAUGGUAUUUCCUUAAUUUGUUUGGAUUAAGGGGUUUAUUUAGUCUCAUUCUGGGUGAAGAAAAUGCUAUGGAUGAUACCCAGCGGAUGAUGCAAAUGGGUGGUUUGGGUUUUGAUCCAACCAAGAACUUGAGUGCUGAGAAAGAUGGCCUUGACAUAAUUCAGCAUGAAUGGGCCCUACCAAAAUUUGAGCAGCGUGCUGAAGCAGUGUUGAAAAAACUUGUGAGCUGAACUUCGGCAACAAGCCCCCAGCUGCCAAAUGGGUUUAUGCUCAACAAGGCAUCCUUGUUCUUUCAUAGAUUCUUACUGGAGUUUUGCUUGUUCGCUGUCAGUGCGUUGGCUAACAAUCAUAAGAACCAGCGAAUCCAUUAUUGUAGCAUGUAGAUUGAUUGAAUUCGAGUAUUAUAACAACCGUUGGAGAAAUUUUCCACACUGCUGGUGGUAAUAUCAUACUUUCCCUGUAAACGCAUAUCUUUCAGCUUGCUGUCCAAGAACAUUUGAAACAUAUUAAUGACUCGACAAAUGAAAUCAAUUACCAGGUA